AUGGCUGAAGAAACUAGGGACACAAAGCCCGCCCCAGAGGCAUUGAUCGCCAAAUUCCGAAUCAGCAGGCUACUGAAGCAAGAUCAAAAUGGCCGGCGUAUCGCUGUGCUGGGAACAAUCGACGACCAACAAGGCGUAUUGACGGCCGAGCGCGCUGCUUUUGCCACCGAAUCUUUGGAAGUCAUUCAAGCAUUCCACGCGGCCAUCACUCGCGUCAAGAACCUAGGCGACAACGAUAUUUAUCGCUGGUAUCUCGCGUCAUCCAAUGGCAGCACUCAAUCAACAGACAGCCAACAAGACUUGAAGCUGAACUUGAUCUGGCCCUGCACAGCAAAGCAUAUCAAGAAAUACUCAGAUCAACAGCUUCGCAUGGUCACCGAGACACCCGAGAUUUACCAGCAGCACGUGCGCCCCUUCAUGCAAGCCAAGCGUGAGGAGGGACAUUUGAACUGGGUGUUUAAUAUUCUCGAGGGUCGCACCGAGCAAGAAGAUGUUAUUAUGCGGGAUGCAGGCCACGGACCCGAGGAUGCGUUCCUGAUGCUGCCGGAUCUUAACUGGGACCGGAAGACUUUGAACUCGCUGCACUUGCUGGCACUAGUGCAUCGACGGGAUAUUUGGAGUCUGAGAGAUCUUCAAAAGAAGCAUAUCCCCUGGUUAGAGUAUCUGCGGCGGCGUGUGCUGGAAGCUACAGUGAAAAUGUAUCCGGAGUUGGAGGAGGAUCAACUGAAGCUUUACGUUCAUUAUCAACCGACAUACUAUCAUUUCCACAUCCACGUCGUCAAUGUCAUGUUGGAGGCGGGUGCUACCCAGGCUACUGGCAAGGCAUUCGGAUUAGAGAAUAUCAUCUCCCAGCUAGAGACUAUGUCUGGUGGGGAUGAUGUGAGCAUGGGAGAUGUUAGCUUGACGUAUUAUCUCGGCGAGGAAAGCGAGUUGUGGACCGAUAUUUACGCACCUUUGAAGAAGGGGCUUCAACCGGUUGCACACUGA